UUAAUAGGAUGUCAGUGAUGAGCAAGUUAAGACGUCUGACGCGUAUUCUCAAACCUCGAUAAAGACGGUCGAUAAGAAAUCCGGUAACGAGGAACCGAAGGCCGAGACUAAGGAUUCUGAGACACAAAUGCACGUCAUAGUUGAGGCGAAUGACGUUGUGGAAGAACUAAGGCCUACGACUCCCGCGACGUCAACAAAAUCACCAAAAGCGAUGAAAUGGUUUCCAAAACAACCGGGGAAAUAUCAUCCGGUUUUAUUGAUGAACCAAUUAAUCCCGACAAUUGAAUACGGUUUAGUAAUGGUCGAAAAAAACCCGAAAGUAUUCAGGGUAUAUUUUGAAUUAGCAGGAGUGAUGUUUCAAGGAUACGGUAAUAUUUGUAACAUUAUAUCACUGUUAUUAUCAUUUUAUACAAAAAACGGUUCUGACUGGAAACUGCUUGUCAGCCUAAUAUUGAAAAAUACAAUUCUCAUACAAAAUAGUUAAGAUUAAGAGCCAGAAUUAUAUUCAUUUAAAAAAGCCAAAAAAAGAUUCUAAUAAUAUUCUCAAAUGUGCCAUAAAAAUGUUCGCCAUUAAUUAACCAGUUUCAUGAUUUGUAAAGAUUUCAAACCCCCGUCUGAUAGCAUAUAGGUUCAAAAUAAGUAUGCAAAGGAAUAUAAUUCCGGCCCCUAGGUAUGAUAUACGUGGAUUCCAUAGGUUAUAUAUUAUAAUAUAAAAUUAGUAUUGAAUACAACAAGCUCAAAUAAUAAUAUAAUUAUAAAUAACGGUUAACUGCUAACUAAUCGAAACAUACGAAUACAGGAUUUUUUAAUGAUGGCCACUGAACACGACUAGGAAUUAUAUGUAUGAUAUUACCUGAAGGCCAGAGCUACUGGUGGAUGAUGAUAGUCCCUCGCUGGAAGGGCGAAAGUGGACCGGAUGACACUCCUAUUUGGUGCUCAACUAAUUUUGAUCCGAAGUGGAUGAUGUCAAGUGAGCGCAGUUACGACACGGGA